GCACAUGUGCGUGAUUUUAGGUCAACUUAGGUGAUUUCUGACAAAACCGGAUGAAUUUGAGGCUCAUUCGGGAGAUUUGAGGCUGAAGCAGGAUUUCCCAUUGCCAAGCCCUGGGAGGCUGUGAGGAAGAGGAAGAUGCCCCGGGACACGCAGGCAGAGCAGGAGCUGAGGCUGGAGAGCAGGGAGGACAAAUCCCCGGGGCAGAAGCUCGUGGCAGAGGCCGUUUGGAGCGGCUCCACGGCGCAGGAAGCCAACGGGGAGGAAAAGGCCCGGAGAUGCCGCACGAGGAGGGGCUGCAAAGGCAGAUGGCGGCGAUCUGAGGGGGAAAGACCCAGCCUGGGCCGGGAAGGCGGCCGGAGAUGGAGCCAGAGCUCGGAGCUGGUGCUCCCUGAGCAGCUCCAUGAUGGGGAGAAGCCCCACACGUGCGUGGAGUGUGGGAAGAGCUUCAGGUGGAACUCUGAGCUGAUCAGGCACCAGAGGAGCCACACUGGGGAACGGCCCUACGAGUGUGAUCAGUGCAGGAAGAGGUUUAAGACCAGCUCCCAUCUCCUCCGGCACUAUCAGAGUCACACAGAGGAGAGGCCCUUCCGCUGCCCUGACUGCAGGAAGGGAUUCAGGCAGAACUCCACCCUCAUCAGGCACCGGCGCAUCCACACUGGGGAGAGGCCCUACGAGUGUCCCCAGUGUGGGAAGAGCUUCUCUUGCAGCUCUGCCUUGACCCGACACCAACGGAGGCACCGGUAAGGGAAGCCCUU